CGGCCAGCGGACGCCAGGAUCGUUCACUCGUGGUUACAAUUAGCCAUCUAGAUGGUUAAUUUAUAGCUGGUGAUCGAGUGUUCGCGCUUGGUCUGAGGAAGCUGUGCUCGUUGAGAACAGUGCUAAUAGGCUGUAUUUUGUCAUUUAGGAGAUACGAGGGAGGUGCCCGUUUGUGUACACUGAACGAGCUAAUGGGGCUUGAGUUAAGCGAACGGCCGUGCCAAGCGGGAUCUUCGUAGAUUUGAGCAUCGUUACAUCGACUUGUCUCAGUAAUAUAUAGUGUUUUCAAUCACUGACUGGUUACGCCCCUUAUAUGUCUGUUUUGUUUUUUAUUGAGCCUGUUCAUUUCUUUCGCGAGCGCUUCAAGCCACAGUCAGACAAUACUGUGGCUUACUGACGUUGUGUCAAGCAGCAAAAAAAAAAAAAAAGCCUUUAAAUGCAAUCAGAAGCAGCGUCUGCAUCUAUACUAUGCUAUGAAACACUAGUUUAGUUUCAGAAAAUGGUCGGUAAAGCAAUUGAGCAGUUCGUAGAGACUUGCGCAAAAAAAGCUGACAAGUUGCAGUGUGCGCGAGACCGAGCAGGGAAAAUACAAUCCACCUGAGAUCCACCUCUGGUUGUGCCUUUUUUAAAAUGACAAUACGAAUAAUAACUUCUGGGGUCUUACGCACCAAAACCACAAUCCGAUUAUGAUGCACGCCGUAGUCGGGGACACUGCAUUGAUUUUGACUACCUGGGGUUCUUUAACAGACAGGUUCCAGUUGACAGCGGGCGUUGAUCCACUGCACUGACGUGGCGUUAACUGGACGUAUCGUAGUAGUAAAUUUCAACGCCUCAGUGUGAAACGUUGAAAAAGCUACCGGUUUUUACAAACUACUCGAAGUUAAAAAAAAAAGCAUUAUAGCAAAGACUGGGCGAACUGCGACACCGUAAAUGUUUGACGAAUUUUCACGACACGAUUAUCGCUUGUCCUUAAAAAAAAAAAAAAAAAAAACUGUUUAGACUUUUGCCGCUUAGGCAACAGUUUAAGUUUGCGUUAAACGGUUAUAUUGGCAAUAACAUAUAUAGUGGUGGUUUUUGUCCCUUUUAAUUUCUUUAACUGGCAGCAAAUAGAAACCCAAGCUUAGAACAAACUUAGCUGUUACCGGUAAACAUGAGGUAAUGCGCUUUCAAAAAUGUUGCAAUGAGAAAAAGUGUAAAGUGUGCUACCUCCCCUGCCCUCCCUCCACCACCACCCCCUCGAAAAAACAUUGAUAUAUCUAUAGAUACACAGAGAAAAUCAGACAGAGAAACGAAGGAAUGAUAUGGAAAAAAAACGAAAAAAAAAGCACCACGAAAGGAACCCGUGUGUCUAAGACAAUGCGUGUAAAGUUUGUUCUUGCGUGCUAGAAAUAAUACAAAUGGCAUCGCCGCUUUGUGUACCGCGAAAACGAGGCAUGUCAAGCUAAGAAAAGAAACAAGCAGCAGAAAAAAAGAAUUGCUUCUAAAUUUGUUCACUUAAGAUAUAUGUAAAGUCUGCGCGACCCUUGGCCAAUCUCUGUGAGUGGGUAUGUUCGAAAACCUGUAAGGUAGUCAUCAUCAACAGCAGCAGAGGAGUGGCGUUUGAGCACGAAUUAGUUUGACGCGUCUCUGUCUGGCCCCAGUCAGAGCGACGCGGCGGUAGCGCACUUUUCGUGUACCCCGUGGACCGCUCCCGCUGUGACGCACAUCGGACGUGGCUGUGGCGUCGCUCGUGACGUCUUUUUCUCUUCGCAGCCUCCCCCGAAUGCGAGGCCGGCUGCUGCGGGGCCGCAACCUCUGACAAGCGCGACCUGCCUCGCGUCCACAGGGGCCGGGCGAGCGGUGACUGGCGCGGUGUGCCGCUCUUCCUGCGCCGAGAGGAACAAGCGCCGGGCCAUGACGACUCCCCGACUCGCGAAAGGACGCUGGGCAGCGCUGCCGCGAAGCCGACGACAGCCGGCGGCGACUCCCGCCUAACGUGGCCCCCCGCCGCCGCUCAAACUGCGCCGUUUCUGCCCCAGAAGCUGCGGCCGCAGGAGGUGCCCGCGAGAUGACGUCACUUUGCGGCGACCGACCGUCGGUGGACAGCUCGCUGAAAGCCUUCAUGGCGGAACUUGUGCGAGCGCCAUCUCCCGACAGCGCCUGCGAACAGGACGAGCCGUGGAGCCCACUGGUGGCCGCCAAGCAGGGCGGUGCAACGGAGGCAUCCGGCUGCUCUGGAGACGACACGCAGAGCGAGUGCUCGGACGCCAGCAACCAGGCCACCUCCUCUUCGUCUUCGGCCCCGGGCGCCAACCGCUCCUCGGCCACGUCCGCUGACGACGAGUACGCCGGGGCGGAGAUCCGCGCCUCGCAAUGCCGGGUGCCUCCUCCUCCUGGACGGACCAGCGCUCUGGUGAACCAGGACAGCGACGGUGACUCCGGCAUCGACGGCUCGGUCGACCGGUUCUCGCAGCGGGUCGGGUCCACCUCGUCGGCCGACACCGAGCCCUCGUCGUGCAACGACGGGCCCGUAGAAAGGCGUCAGCUGCACGAGACCUCUAGCGGUGGCAACGACGGAGGCUCCAGGACCUCGUAUGUCGCAGGGCCCCCGCGGGUGCACUUCGACGAGGGCCUACCGUUCUCGGAGCAGCACAUGCGCCGCUCCUGCAGGCAGCUCAUGGCCGCCCUGUACGCGUCCUCUUCAUCCACACGAGCAGGGCAGCUGGACCCUCGCUCCGCGGGACGGUACCGAAGUUUCUCCCUGCCCGUGCGCGCCUUUGAAGAGGACGAAUUGUGCGCUUUCAAGAGGCUUUCUGUGCCCGCUGCCCGCACGCUGCCUUCGAGCUUCGGCGUCGACGGCAGAAACGCCUCCUCUCACGUCAAGUUGUCGGUCGCUCCGACGGUUGACGCAGACGACGCUUUAGCACCGAGGCCUCCCGUUUCGGUCAUAGCCGACUGGCCAAGCUGUCGUCGAUCGUCACUUCCGCCGGUAACGGAUUCUAGCAAGUCCAGUUCCUCCUUCGCGUUGCCACCGGCAGACUCGAACGACUCUCAUCGGCUCGGUCACGACGUGCCAGUGUCUGCGCCCAACGAAUCGACAUCGUCUACGAGCAAGCAGCCCGCCUACUGCAUAUCCGCAACGCUCAAGUGCUCCAAGGGAAUCCCUUCGGCGUCUUCGCUGAAGGAUGCCGCCUGUGGCGCACCGGUGAACUGCCCUGCCCGCAAUAUUUUGGGCUCGGCCCAAUGCACAAAGGAAGCUGCUUUCACGAAUGGACAAUAUUUGCACGACAAAGGCCGGCAGGAGCACCGCUCAAUUGAUGGAACGAGCCGUGACUCGGACGGCACGAACCCUAGCCGCUGUGAGGGAUUGACAAAUAAUAGGUGCUCAGGGGAGGCACACAUUUCGGAGCUGAGGCGAACGACAACCUGCGACCUGAGGGCCGCCCAGCCGGUCCGUACGGCGCCCAGGGAAGCCGUGGUGACCCGGGUGCAGCCUACUCGGCCCGUUUCUAGUCACUCGACGACGACGUCGUCAUUGUCGGGCCCCAAGCCCAAGACCACACUGCCGCCCAAGGCGCUGCCGCUUUCCUUGCCGGGGAUGCCGCCGAAGAGCUCUGCCGCGAGCCGGGGCUUAUCCGCCCCGGACAGCGGAGCGAUGCGCGUGCUGUUCGCGCGGCCCGCGGCUGUGGUUCCGGACGUGCAGCCUCUGGCGUCGCACGCCGAACCGCCACCGUCCGCUGUUCGCGCCGUGCGGUCGCCGAGCGCCCGACGCUCCUUCUUGAGCGCAGCACGCCCGUGCACGCCGCCGACGGGGCACUGCUCGCGUCGAGACGACGCGGCGCUCGCCAGGGUGGUCGCCAACGGAGUCCGCGGAUCGCUGCUCCUGGCCAAGAACAACAAAAGCUCCGACGACCUGGGCCGUUCCGGCGGCCCGCAGAGCCCGUGCUGCGCUCCUCGCGAGGCGCCUAGCUGCUUCGCGGGUGCUUCCCAGGCGUUGACGGCCGACGCUUCACCCAAGAGCACCAGCCUGCCAACGCUCGUGCACCAGGGGGUCACUCUGAACGGCAAAGGUCCAGCGAAGGUGGUCAAAGGCGGCGUGGAGUACGCCGUGGUGACGCGCAAGCCUUCGUACCACCAUGCGGUGCUCUCGCCGAUCCCGCGUAUCACCAGCUCGCCAUGCGUCAUGGACGACACCGAGCCACCGCUGCCACCCCGCAAGUGCAUGCACAAGAGCGACUUCGCCCUGUACUACGGCCCGGCAUCUUCGUCCAGCUCGCUGAACGGCAGCAGCAGCGGCACGGUCACCCAGAACGACUCGUCCUCACACGGUGGGUCCACGACGCGGCUCUUCGACCGGGUGCAGGGCAUCGGGCGCAGCGCCCGGUCGGCGCUGCUGCGCGCCUUCAGCACCGAGCGAAUCUACCGGCCGCAGAAGACCGAGACGGCGGCGGUGGCGAGGGACCGCCGACGGGAGAUCCUGGACGGCGCCGCUAACCUCGCGGCAAACCCGGCACUGCCGUCGCCCUCCGCGUCGUCGACGGCGUCCCUGGUGAUGGGACUGAAGGCGCGCAUGAGCCUGCGCAAGAGCAAGCGGCGAUCGCGCCACGAGGCCACCGGCAUCCAGAUCAACGCCGCUCCCGACAGCUCGUGCAGCGACCCGCUGUGGGCCGGCGGCCAUCCGACGCACGUGAGCGCGCAGCUUCUGCAGCAGAACCUGGACGGCACGCAGGUGGUCGAACUUCGCCGGCCGCCCGGACGCUCCUUCGGGUUCUUCCUGGCCAGGGGGCGCGUGCACGCUCACCACGGCGUGUUCGUGUCCCGCAUGCCCGACGCCCACACGCAGCAGGUGCUGCAAGGGCUACUCGACAUCGGAGACGAGAUACUUGAAGUAAAUGGCACCGAUGUUCGUGAUGCGGAUAUCAUGACGGUGAACUCGCUCAUGACCAACCAAAGCACAUUACUUCUCACCGUGCUGCCUUACAUCUGCCGAAAAGACAUUUGAUGCAAGACUGGCUAUGAACAUCCCACCAAACAAGUGUCGGCUGUGCACCAUCUCAUGACAAGUCAGCUGCUCCUCUGAAGUGAGGAACUCUGUCAUCUGCAGUGUCACCUAUGGGGGCAAGCUUGUAAGAUAAAUAUUCAGGCAAUACUGAUUCCUCAAAUGCAGCUGCAAAAUACUUUCCACACUUCCUUGAAUUGUGAUUACACAGAUGUUAUACAUUCCAUUUAUUGCCUUGUCAAUCUUCUGUAAGACAGUUCUUUUGAUUGUCCUGGCCUAUCCUGCAAACAUGUGAUAUGAGGCCGCACACUAUGCAAAUUGUUUGUUUUAUAUCUCCAUUUGAAAAGCGUACCUCAUCAAUGUUCUCAGUGUUUGAAUCCUUGUAUUUUCAUGUGUACAGCACUUGUUCACUGAAGAACACAAUGACUUUAAAACACCUUCACAGUAUUGUACCAUUUUCCGUAAGCAUAUUUUAGAUGUCAAAGUACCUAUCACAAGUGCCUGAUGGUUGUUCCAUCACGUUAUUGAAUGUUAUUCUCCUGUUUCAUUACACUUUUCUGAAUGUUUUCAUGUUGUAUAGAGCAUAUUUAUUGCAUGUUUACACUCGGAACAUAUUUCAUGAUUGUUUUAAACAUAGCAAUAUAGACACAAUGAAAAGUGCAGGCAAGCUACUAACACAACUUGCUUAUCCUUAAACCAUAAGCAUUUGUCAAAACAUAUGUAGUGAGAACACAGUUGUGAAAAUCAAAAUGACAUUUUUAUCCUUUAACUAUCCCUUUUAUAAAUGGAGAUUGACAUCGUUGCUUUUUCAUUCUGCCGACUUCAAAUGGUUGCCUGCUGAGCUAGAAACUCAACUCGGCAACAUUAGAUUCCAGUGAGAUGCUGAAACUCAGCUCACUUUUAGUCCAUUAAGAGUGCUGUACUGAGAAGCCAAUACAAUCUGAAGAUAAAAAGGAAAGUUUGCUCUCCAUGUAAAUGAUCUAAAAGCAUAGUGCACUAUUUUAUGUUAACUAUAGAUCAAGGCAUGAGUCCCACAUUACUAGAAAGUAUGCGGAGUGUUGAAAUGAAUGUUGCAACGUGGAAUGCUCAAGUCGAGGUUCCAGAAAAAAAGUUUUGUUUUAGGCCAGGUUUUCAUAAUUACUGAUAGUGAAAAACAAGGAAAAUUUUAAGAAAAGUUAGAGAGGUCGCAGUUGAAAUGAAACCAGCUUCAUGCUGUAGUUUCGAUUUGAUGCUUAUUUUACAGGAAAUUGCAUUUUAUGAAAUGUAGUUCACAUAAAAAGAGGCAUGAAAUACCUCCACUAAAACUUUAGUGAUACCAACCUACAUCAUUUCUAUUGCAAUAUAAAUUGCUUUAUCAUUUAAAGGUCACAGAAGUGUCCUUUCCGAAACAUUUUUUCGUCUUACGAACAGCACAAAAAACACUGACAGAAAAGAAGACGACAGAACGGGCGCUGACUCGCAACUGAGAAGUUCAUUGAAAUUAACACAUAAUUUAUAAUCGUGUGACGUGCACCCCUGAAAUGUUAUACAAGAACAUGCAUGAUACGUAAUCAGGAGCAUGCUCGCAUAGCCCAGAUGUCAACAUUAUGAGUGCAUGAUUAUGCGUAAUCUCUGUUUUUUGAAGAAAAUUUAAUUCACUCUGUGAUAACGACACUGAAGGGUGACUAAUGGCCACAUCUUCUGCUUUACAAAUACGGAACGCUUCUACUAUUUUCCUUAUAAUUUGUUUACUAUCACAGUGAAUGAUUAUGCAUUGCUCAAGCAGGGUGUGCAGCCGCAUGUGCCCAAUGUGCUCAGAUCUUCAAGAGCCUUUCAUUCAUGCUGGUCCUUUCAUGCUCUAUCAAGGGAACAUUAACGCAGUGCCCCGUCUACCCAAUAUCACACUUCUGCACGAUAAUGACAACUGGUACACCACACCCAUUCUACAGGGACCGAAUGUGGACUUAUGCUUAACGCUGCACUUGUUGGAAGACAAAUCUUUUUCUCAGAUUUUUGCUAAACAGGAGCACAAAUAUUGCUCAUUUGCUGUGGUGCCGUAAAAACAACGUCGACCACUUUCCUUUUCGCCAUGCCCUUUAGGCCAUGUGACAUACGAUGCACAUAUGGCAUGACAGCCUGAUGCUGUUGUGUAUUAUCCAAAGCAGCAUAAUCCAGGAUUGUGUGAUGCGUUUAGUAUAGACAUUCUUGAGCUUUAUUAUUCAAUGCCCCAAGCUCAACUACCUGGUAGCAUUAAGCCACAUAUAACAGAGGAAAACAAUGAAGAAUAGAGUGUUGCAAGGUGUGAAUUGUCUGUUGAAAGCUUUCUGGAGCUGCUAACUUUCUGAUUGGCAUCAACAAUAAUAGUGCGGGAAAACGCAGGUUUAGCACAGUAAAAUGAAGUUUGCAUUUGAUUGCGCAUAGCACCGGCGGUCAGUAACAUUAUAUUAAAGGUUUGUAGAUAGGAAGUUGCAGAGUUGCUUUGACACCUAAGUGUGGAAAGUGUUUCGAUAACUGAAUGAUUAUCUUGUAGUAAUGGAAAAGUGUGAUGCCAUUUGUAGGAUGCAUGAUGUUCCGGAAAUUUUCAAGGAAACUGGACGUUGCUUAAAGUACACUUGUGAAAUGCCAAAAGUGGGUGUUAUACAGUUUCUGGAUUUGAAGUUUAAGAUGAAAUUCGACCAGCUUUGUUCGAUGUAUGCCCUUUGCUCACUAAACCACUCUUAGACCACACUUCGCCACACUCUAAGAUCAUGAAAGGGGGUAUCGCAGUCUCGUGCCUAAAGGCGACGCUGUGUAAGUCACGCCCAGAGACCACUCAGGGCAGCUUCAACCAGCAAGUGGGUAGGGUGAAACAUGCUGGCUACCUGGCAUAUUUGCUCACUCGUUCUUGCGAGAUUAUUUGUUGACUAAAAGAAGGCGGCAAAAGCCAUAUGUGCAUCGUAUGUCGCAUGGCCUAAAAAGCGGGGCAGAAAGGAAAGAGGUUGAUGUGAUUUUCCUCUACCAAAGAAAAUGAGCGGCAUUUUCGCUGCUGUUCAGCGGAAAUCUGAGAAAAGGAUUUGUCUUUGCAACAAGUGCGGCAUUAAGCAUAAGUCCACAUUCGGUCCCUGUAGAGCGGGUGUUGUGUACCAGUUGCCAUUAUUAUGCAGAAGUGUGUAUAUAGGGUAGACAGGGCAUUGAAUUAACGUGCACUUGAAAGAGUAUGAAAAGGCCAGCAAGAAUGAUAGGUUGUUCCGCAUCGGAGUGCAUUGUGGAACAUGUGGCUGGAAAUCCUGGUUUGAGAAAUGCACUCUGACUGACCGUCAUAGUAGUCAACUCAUAAGAGAAAUAGCACAAGUGUUCUGUAUUUGUAAAGCUAAAGAUGUGUGCGUCAAUCACCCUUCAGUGUCAUUAUCACAAAGUGAAUUGAAUUUUAUUAAAAAAAAAACAGAUUAGGCAUAAUCAUGUGCACACAAUGUUGAUGUUUGGGCUGUAUGAGCAUGCUCCUGAUUACAUAUCGCGCUUGUUCUUCUAUGACGUUUUUGGAGUGCGUGUGAAAUGAUCGUGUAUAAAAUAUGUGUUCAUUUCAAUAAACUUAGCAGUUGCGAGUCAGCGCCCGUCCUGUCAUCUUCUUUGCUGAAUGUUUUUUCUUUGCUCGCCCAAAUGUCCGUUCACCUAAAUUUCUGACACCACUGGCACCACUGAAGUUAGUUUCUUCGAAGUCUAGCUUCUCCUGAAAGGCCAGCAGUGAAUAAAAAAACAGUUUAAUGCAUAGACAAAUAAAGAAAGUCCCAACAGCGGUAGGCAUCCUUUGAUUUGAAAUAACAUGCCGAGAAAUGAUAUCCUAAUACCGGCGUCAAUGUGAGAUGAUUGUAAAUCAGAACAAAUCUACAUAUAUCGGUAGUUUUUGCUGAUAAAUCAAAAUUUCUUCUUAGUUUCUUUCACCUCAUAUUUUGCACUUCGCAAUUUACUAACUGCUGUAAUUAACUUAUAUGUGAUGCUAGCAGAAUAUUUCAGUGAAUAUAAAAUCAAUUCUCUUAAUAUAAAGCGUGCUUUAAAUGUUUCUGCUAGCCACCAUUCAUGAGUUUGAGUUAAUGGCAGUCUGUUACGAAGGUCAGAACAAUCGUACCAUUCUAGUGUAUGUGAUGAAAUCUUUAAAAAUGCACUAGUUUUUCCACACUACAUAUGCACUACUGUGAAUAGAGGGUGUCUGCUUUGAACGUGGUCCGAGUCCGCAAGUUCUCCGUGUGGUACCUGUUAACAAAUUUUCGCUUUGUAUGCAUUUGUUUACGCUAUCUCUUGUUAGACUAGUGAUAUUUGUGUGCACCACAGCGAAGGCAUGACUGUGAAAGAUUUAAUCAUUGAUUGAAUUUGUUUUUGUCCAUGGAUGUUGUUGCAAUAACUCUUGUGUGCCCUCUACGUUAAAAAAUUUAAAGGACACACUGUACACGAAAUGUUCUCUCCCAGUACUUUGUUGUUGGUCUUAUGUGCCACCGCUAGUAAUAUUAACAUGUACAAAUGACGAAAUGUAGUUCAUUCUUUCUAGGUCUUUCGAGCUCCAUCAGAGCUAUGCACAGAAGCCCCUCUAUCAUGUUGAGCCACUUGUGGAGUUCUCUUUGAGGAUGUUUUGACAUGCAGUAUGUAAUCUGUUACGCGUGCUUAUUGUGACGGAGUGUUGCAAUCUGUAUAGCUUUAUCGUGUGUACCUGCUCGCUUGAGAUUUUUUUGCGUGUGCGCUUCAAUGUGGGCAGGCUGUCGAUAGCUGCACUUUGCAAUGUAUACUUAAGACAGCCGCUAAAGGGGUAGAUAAUCUACUUGGCACUAACAUGCUUUUUUUGCAGAUUGGAAAAUGUAAAUGCUCUCAUGGAAGCGGGGGGGGGGGGGGGGUCACUUUUCUGUAAAUUUUCACCUAGUGGACUGUCCAUUUCGACCGCUGCUGAUUGGCUGGAGCUGAACCAGCCAGAAGGAACUUGACUGUUGGUGUCUGUUUCCUUCGAGCCAAUCACCUUAUAGCAGCAGCCAAAAUGUGCACUCCACUAGGUGUACAUUUACAGAAUAACCAUCUUCCGUCCAUUCCCCCCGCCCCACACCCUUGGUCUAGUGUACAUUCUUUGGUUUGCAGGAUAUUCACAAACAAUUGAAAAGAAGACAUAUGGAACAGCAACUAGCCAACAUGGAAUUCUGUGCUCAGAAUCAUGUGGCCUCAAACCAGCUGGCAGUGUUUGAUUGUGUUUUCUGAUAGUCGGGAGAACAUCGCACCUGCAAAUUAAACGGGGGUUGUAUGUGAAAAAAUGUUUAACUGCAGGUCUGAAAAGAGCAUUUAUGUUAACAUAUAACUGGCGACCACACUGGUAGGGGUGUUUUUUAGCUCGCAUAUCAUGAAACCGUGUAAAGCCAAUGCAAUCGGGAGAUUAAAUGGCAAACUUGGGUAUGGUCAAUGUGGGCAGGCUGUCGAUACUUGUACUUUGCAAUGUACACCUAAGGCAGCCGCUAAAGGGGUAGAUAACCUACUUGACACUAACAUGCUUUUUUGCAUAUUGGGAAAUGUAAAGGCUCUCCUGGAAUGCAUUUGAAAUAUUAAACUACAUUAAAUGGUCAAAAAGGCAACUGGCAUUCAACAGACUAUAUGCUGAUCUCCGUUACUCAGACGUUGCAUGCCUUGUCAAAUGCGAAACCGUAGAGUUGAACGAAACAGUGCAAAUGGUUUAUUCCAUUGAUGUUUGUCCUUUACGUUGUGUCAUAAGUUUAGAGCCACUAUCAGCGGUAGUAGCUCAUUUGACAAUGAAACAAGGAAUUGUUAUUACUAUGAGGGGCCAUCACCAUGUGCUUAAAUGCGGCCUGCUAUAUUAAUGUAUAUUUUAUACCAGAUGCUUGAAAUUUAAUGUUUGAAUAAUAAAGCACCCUUCUGUAACAAAAA